UAUUAAAAUUCAAAUCGGUAUUGAUGGUUUACCAAUAUCUCGAUCCAAUUCAAAUCAAUUAUGGCCCAUUUUAGGUCGUAUUAUGCCUCACGGGAAAGUAUUUCUUAUUGGUUGUUAUUUCGGCAAAACCAAACCAGCGGAUGCAAAUCAAUUCUUAGAACAAUUUGUAAAAAAUGUUACAGUUUUAAUUAAUGAAGGCAUAACUUAUAACGAAACAACAUUCCCAGUGUCGAUACAUUCUAUCAUUUGUGAUGCUCCGGCUAAAUCUUUUAUUACGCUUACUAAAGGACAUACUGGUUAUUUUAGCUGUUCGAAAUGUACAAUUGAAGGUGAUUUUAUCGCUAAUAGAAUUUGUUUUCCCGAUUUUGAUUGGCAAAAAAGAACAGACGCUAACUUUCGUAAUCAAACCCAAGAAGAAUACCAUCUCGGUCGUCCUAUUCUAUUGAAUAUUCCAAAUUUUGACAUUGUGUCUCAAAUUCCAUUAGAUUAUAUGCAUUUGAUAUGUAUCGGCGUUGUUAAGAAGCUAAUAAAAUUAUGGAUAUGCGGUCCUCUUAAUGCUAGAUAUUUAUCCUCGCAACGAAUACAAAAUAUUUCCAAAUUUCUUCUCGAUAUCAGGCAUUUUAUUCCGAAAGAAUUUGCGAGAAGACCGCGAGAAAUUGAAGAUUUUGCACAGUGGAAAGCAACCGAAUUGAGACAAUUUUUGUUAUAUACCGGUCCCGUUGUAUUGCAAAAAGAAUUAAAGCCUGAUGUAUUUUCCAACUUUCUCACUUUGCAUGUUGCUGUUCGUAUUUUAUGUCAAAAUAAUAGUACGGCUGAAUAUAUUGAAUACGCGAGCAAAUUAUUGAGAUAUUUCGUUGAAUGUUUUAUUAAAAUUUACGGGCCCGAAUUUGUGUCUCAUAAUAUUCACGGGCUUCUACACAUUACUGAUUGCGUAAAACAAUUUGGGCCGUUAGAUACUUUCAGUGCCUUUCCGUUUGAAAAUUUUAUGAAAGAAUUAAAAUCUAUUUUAAGAAAAUCUGAAAAACCAUUGGAGCAAAUUAGCAAUCGCUAUGCGGAAAUCAGUUUUUGUAAAGUAAAUUCUGACAAUGUUAAUAUUUCAAAAAUAAAUGUAAAGAAUCCACACGAGAGAGGACCGCUAAUAUCAGGUUGUUUUAAUCCACAAUUUUCGAAGAUUGAAUUUCCUCAUUUUAUUAUUUCAGUCAAAUCUCCUGAUAAUUGUUGUCUCAUAGAUAAAGAUAUCGUUUGUUUGGAAAAUAUCGCAACAUCGAGUGAAGGCAAUUAUAUUGCAGUAGGUUGUAAAUUUAAGGUUGUCGAAGAACUUUAUAAUAAUCCAUGUAGUUCUGUUCAUUUGGAUAUAUUUAAAGUGAGUAAAUUAUCUGACAUUCAAGUCUGGCCUUUACAUAAAAUUAGAUCUAAAUUUAUAAAAUUGCCAUAUAAAAAUGAAAGAUAUUUCGCAGUAAUACCGCUUAUAAGCACCGCACAUUUAUAAUAUUUACAUAUUGCGCUCCGCUUUGUAAUAUCUUUUAUAAA